AAAAAUCCAAAAUUCUUCUUAAAUUCCCGCUUUUUUUAACGCGUAACAAACGAAUUCAACAAUUGAUGUUGUUGUUGUUGCGUAGUUUUGCUCUUGGACGAAGAGUGCGAUUUGGAAAGCGAUUCGAAGAUGUUUUUUGAUGGUAGAGAGUAUCGACCCCUGCCCCAUCCUCCUGGGGAGGGAUUGGAUGUGGAUGUGCGAAGAUUCGUCAGUCCACAAAAUUUGGAUUAUGUUAAGUUUCGAGGCAGAAAGUUGAAGAAAGGCCUCUCGAAGCAGUACGAACCCUCGACCGGUGCUUUCGAAGGUUUGGACGUUUUUGAAAAUAACAUCAAGCCUGCUUAUAGAAAAGCUGUGAUGAAGGUUCGACCAAUCUGUCAGACGGCCUGCCAACGUUUUAACAGUGAGAGAUUGGUCGAAGAUGUGGAGGAUGAAGGAGUGAACAAUAGAGAGAGCGUGAUUCCUCCACGAAGCACCAAAGAGAACGAAGACCCGGCAGAGCACGAAGAUUGCGUGCAAGAUAAUCCUGGCCAUUCCAGGGAUAGAAAUACAUUGAAGAAAGUCGGGUCGUUCUUUAAGAGCAUGUGGAAACCCGUUAAGAGAUCCGUGCAGAAGGUGUGUAAAAUGGCCAGAAGUGGAGAAUGCGAGUACGUUCGGUUCGAGUAAGGAUCUCUUUGCUUCCAUCUGUCAAAUUCGACAAUAAGAUCUGCUCUGUGAUUUGCUGGAUCUGGGCCGAGUUGGCUAAUUAUAUGGUUUUUUCUGCAAACCAUCGAUGACUUCUCCUGAUUUUGACAUCCCGAUUGCGUCAAUGCCAAGUUCGAUUAUGACUUCCCAAUUUUGACUUUAUCCCGGCUGUGUCUCCUUAUUAUUGUCUUUUAGUCAAUUAUCAUUUACCCGAAUUGGUCUACACGAAUUUGGACUCUCGAUUUAUGUCUACUUCACGAAUCUGGACUCUCCCGAAUUACGUCUACCCCGAAUUUGACUCCUCAAUUGUGCCUGUACUCGAAUUGGACUCUCCCGAAUUAUGUCAACCCCGGAUUUGACUCAUGAAUGGUGUCUGCACUCGAAUAUGGACUCUCCCGAAUUACGUCUACCCCUAAUUUGAUUCAUGAAUGG